AUGCCACCAAUUUCUGUCAAUUCAUCGAAUAAUGAAAAUGAGUAUAGACUAUCAAGAGCAAAAUUACAACAAAAUAACCUACUUCAACAGCAGCAGCAGCAGCAACAACAACUACAACAACAACAGAAUAAUCUUUCUAGUGACCCAAAAGUAAUAUCUUAUAGUUUAAAUACAUCACAAUUAGCUCAUAAUUCUUUAACAUCAUCAUCACAAGGUCCAAUGGAAACUUCAACUCAAGAAGAAAAUAUUCCACCAAAUCAUCAUGCGUUUGCAACAUCAACUACAACAACUUCAAAAAUAACUACAGAAAUCAAUAAUAAUAGAAAUACUUCUAAAUUUACAACUACAAAACAAUCAUCAAAAACUAAAUUAACGCGUCAAUAUUUAGGUGAUGUAUCAAAUCAAUAUCAAACUACGAUUAGUCAAUCUCAACAACAAAGUCUACAACAGCAACAGCAACAACAACAGCAGCAGCAGUCACAACAACAACAACAACUACAACAAUCCACUAAUCAACAAAAGAAAAGAAAACCAUUCGGAGGUGAUUUCAAUCCAUUGAAUAAAUCAAUAACAUCAACAAAAUCAAUACCUAUAGCAUCUGAUUCAAAACAUAAAGAAAAUCUUUUAGUACCUUCAAGAUUACCACAAAAGAGACAAGCAACAGAAUCAUCAACAAAUUUAGUUGAAAAAUUAAAAAUUCAACCAAAUCCACAUCAUCAUAAUCUUGCCAACUCAACAUCAGUAGUAUCAUCAAACCAAAUCACAAAUAACGUAGAAAACAACAAUAGCACUCUAAAUAAUUUAAAUUUAACUCAUAAAAAAUCAAAAUUAAUAGAUUAUGAAUGGCAAGAUUUAGAUGAAGAAGAUCAUGAUGAUCCAUUAAUGGCAAGUGAAUAUGUAAAUGAAAUUUUUUCAUAUUUUUAUGAAUUAGAAAUUAGAAUGUUACCAGAUUCAAAAUAUUUAUUUAAACAAAAAAAUUUAAAACCUAAAAUGAGAUCUAUAUUAGUUGAUUGGUUAGUUGAAAUGCAUUUAAAAUUUAGAUUAUUACCUGAGAGUUUAUUUUUAGCAAUAAAUAUAAUGGAUAGAUUUAUGUCUAUUGAAAUUGUUCAAAUUGAUAAAUUACAAUUAUUAGCAACUGGAUCAUUAUUUAUUGCUGCAAAAUAUGAAGAAGUAUUUUCUCCUUCUAUAAAGAAUUAUUCAUUUUUUACUGAUGGUUCAUAUACAGAAGAAGAAAUUUUACAAGCUGAAAAAUAUAUUUUAACAAUAUUAAAUUUUGAUUUAAAUUAUCCAAAUCCAAUGAAUUUUUUAAGAAGAAUUUCAAAAGCUGAUGAUUAUGAUGUUCAAUCAAGAACUUUGGGGAAAUAUCUUUUAGAAAUUACCAUAAUUGAUUAUAAAUUCAUUGGUAUAAAACCUUCCUUAUGUUGUGCAUCAGCAAUGUAUUUAUCAAGAUUAAUAUUGGGUAAAAAACCAGUAUGGAAUGGUAAUUUAAUUCAUUAUAGUGGAGGUUAUAGAAUUAAAGAUAUGAAAAAUGUUAUUGAAUUAAUUUAUCAAUAUCUUUUAUCACCAAUUGAACAUGAUGAAUUUUUUAAAAAAUAUUCAAUGAGAAAAUUUAUGAAAUCAAGUAUAUUAUGUAGAAAUUGGAGUAAAAAAUUUCAAUUUGAAGGUAAAGAUUUAUUUGAUGAAAAAUUAUCUACUCAUCGUUUAAUGAUUGAAGAAGAUGAUGAAUAA